AUGUCAUGGCAACCGCCCUAUCACAGCUCAAAAUUCCGUCAUGUGUUUGCAAAGCCCGCCUCUCGUGAGAACCACUACACUGGCCUGCCAAGGACAGGACAGGUGUAUUCUGUCAAAGCUUUCAUGGUGACAGAAUGUGCUGGUGGCGGGGCCUUCCUAGUCAUCUCCAUCUAUCACAGAGGACGAGUGGACCCCCAGCACAGCCGUGUGUGUGGUCACCAUGGCCGAGUGUUAGAUGUGAGGUGGGACCCAUUCAGUGACCUGCGCAUUGCCUCCUGCUCAGAAGACUGCACGGUAAAGGUAUGGAACAUCCCACCUCAGGGUUUAAGAGAGAACAUUGUCAGGCCCGUGAAGGACCUGCGAGGACACACCCGUCGGGUGGGGCUUAUCGAGUGGCAUCCAAUUGCCAAAGACAUCCUGCUCAGCUCAGCCUAUGACUACAAGGUUCUGAUAUGGCGGCUGGACGGGGCAGGGUGUGUCUGUCGGCGGCCGGUCCGUGUGAUUGGGGUCCACUCAGACAUAGUGCUCUGCCUCAGCUUCAACACAGACGGCAGCAGAAUGGCCACCACCUGCAGAGACAGGACCAUUCGUAUCAUACACACACUCAGCGGACAAGUGCUGCAGCGUUCGAGUGUGUGUUCCCACCGGCCCUGUAAGGUGGUGUUUGCAUCUGAGCUGCAGCUGCUGGUGACCACUGGAGCCUCCUACUGGAACCAGAGACAGAUCGCUGUCUGGGACUCAGAGGAUCUUACUGCACCAUUGUGGGAGGAGGAUUUAGAUGGAGAGUCUGGAGUUCUCUUCCCCUUCUUUGACCCUGAUACACACAUGAUCUUCUUGGCCGGAAAGGGUGAUGGGAAUACCCGCUUCUUUGACCUUAGCUCUGUCAAGCCUUACCUGCACUACUUGGCUGAGUACAGAUCACCACUACCACAGAGAAGCUUGGCGGUGAUGCCCAAGCGUGGCCUGGAUGUGAGCAUAUGUGAGGUCUUCCGUUUCUACCGUGUGGUGGGAGUAAAAGACCUGCUUGAGCCCCUCUCUCUUAUUGUCCCACGCAGGGCGGAAGGCUUCCAGGAUGAUCUCUACCCUCCCACUGCAGCAAAUGAACCUGCUCUAACGGCUGACCAGUGGGUGGAGGGACAUACCAGAGGUCCAUUGCUGAUGUCCCUGAGGCCUGGGACUGAAAUACAGAACCCGUACCCAGCACCAGAACCUGUUUCCAGGCCAGACUUUAGCAGAGAGUCCCUCAGCCCCCUCACCCAGCUCCAACCAAUGGAAACCCACUACUCAGAGCAACCGGCCAAUCACAGCGCAGCGUACAUCUAUGACAUCAGUGAUCUGUCAGAAUGGCAGGAGGACGACACACACACCCUGAAGACACAGUCCAUGGAGACACACUCGCUUGACUGGGGUGUCACACACACCGCCAGCUCUUCACACACCCACACACACAGCGGAGCAGAAAUGCUAAAUAUGGCCGAACCACUCGCACCCGCAGUGCCUGGACACACACACAACGCAGAUGUUCACACAGCACUGCCGGGAGUGCACAGCUCACACACAAACACACACACUCUCUCACACACAGUAGUGUUACCAGCCACAGACAUGCACCUGUUGUUAGAGACACAACACAAUGCACAGGGGAACUCACAAAGCAUUCUCCAUUCUCCCACACACUCCACUCUGGUCUGGUGUGAAUCCCCAGUGUAUACACCACCCAGCAUAGAUGAUGAGCUGUUGUGUGUGUUCUACAGACAGUGUGAGGAGCUGAGGUCUUUACGGGCAGAGCUUCAAAAGAAGGACAUGCGCAUCAACCAGCUGGAGCAGGACAUCACUCACCUGCGCAACACACACACACACUCCAACUUCACCCCCCCUCACGCCGCACACACACACCUGCGACAUCCUCACACACUCACGGCAGUACCACUCACUGAUCGUACGCAACACACACACACACAGGGAGUGUGCUUUCCCACCCAGCGGGUACACUACACAGGGCACAGUCACGCACGCCCAACAGCAAUGCCAGCCCAGAUACCCAGAUGCCCAGCCAAAACACACACUGAUCGAGCCCCCAGCCCCCGAACAUCCUGCUGACACACACACACACACACACACAGAAUGAAAUAAAAGGACAGUCUCUCAACACAGUGCCCUGUGGUUUGAGGUCAGUCAGUUCUGUCGGAAGGGGGGAAAAAAAAGCAAUGCUACGUAGCUUGUGUUGUUCUGCUGUGGUGAGUGCAGCCAUUGCGGCUACAAAGACAUGCUAUUGGGGCAGAAUUAAGAUUGUGUUUGUGUUUGUUAAAGGGGCUAUGUUGAAUUCUAUAGGUUUGGAGUGGUCUCGAAUGCAUCAUUACGUUGACAAUAGACAAGAAUAUAAAGACAUUUUCCUAAAAAAGGGUUAUUUCUUCUUUAUGUUUAAAUGUUUUAAACUACAAAACAUCACAUAGUUCCUUUAAGGAGAAGCCUUGUAAAGAAAUCUCCUCAUGGAGGGAGGGUGGAACUGUUGUGCAGUGGCAGCAUCUGGCAGCAUGUACAGGUCUGAGCCUGAGAAACCCCCUUUGUUCAAGUCAUCUCUCCAUCCUAGCCUCCAUCUCUCCAUCCUAGCCUCCAUCUCUCAUUGAUCUGUCUUAUUUCCACUGUGCUGUAUAGAUAAAGGCAAGACAAAACAA